AUGUCGUUCACGCUCACCCUCCGCGCAGGCCUCUCCUGCAAGGCGCCCCAGCUCGGUAUCCGGGCCUUCCACCAGACGGCGACCAAGAACACCUUCUUCACCGCGCGCACUGCUUCUCUCGCUUUCCGAGCCAGCUCCAAGUCUGGCAGCUCGAUCCUCACCCGCCUGAAUGCCACUCGCUCGCGCGGCUACCAGCAAUAUGCCUACGCCGACCCUACCGCGCGCAAGGCGGAGCUCACCCGUAAGCUUCUGAUCGGCGGUGCUGUCUUCGGCGGUACCCUGGUCGCUGUCAACGCGGUGUUCAACCAGGAGGGCAGGACGGACGGCGGGAUGCCAUUGUUCGAGCGGUCGUAUCUGAACAAGACGUUUAUGCACACGGGUCUGGGCGUCGGCAUCAUCGGGUUGACGGCGUACCAGAUGAUCCAGAGCGGCUUUGUCUAUCGGAUUAUGGUGACCAACCCAUGGAUUGUGGGGCUGGGCGGUCUGGCGCUGAGUAUCGGGUCUAUGGUUGCCACGAGGGCGAUUGAUCCGGACAACUACAUCCCCAAAUACCUCUGCUGGACAGCCUUCAAUGCAACCCAAGCCGCCUUUGUCGCCCCGCUCAUGGCCAUUGCCCCUCCGGCCCUGCUUGCCCGCGCUGGCCUGUACACCCUCGCCAUGAUGGGCUCCCUCUCCAUCAUCGGCGCCACCGCCAAGCAAGACAAGUACCUGUACAUCGGUGGUCCUCUGCUUGCCGGCGCCGCCAUCGUCGCCGUCUCGGGCUUCGCUCCUCUCGUACUCCCCGCCACGGCGGUACGCACGCUGGCGUUCACUGAGAAGCUGUGGCUGUAUGGCGGGCUGGCGCUGUUCGGCGGAUUCACUCUGUAUGAUGUGCAGAAGGUGCUUUAUCAUGCUAGGUUGGCGAGGGCUGGUGUGAUUAAGGAGGAUCCAGUUAAUGAGAGUAUUGGGUUGGAGUUGGAUUUCCUGAACAUUUUCAUUCGGAUGGUCCAGAUUCUGAUGAUGCAGGGUCAGCGGAGGAAGUAA